AUAGCAACAAUAAUGCUGCAAAUACUGCGGAGAAAACGAAAGAAUUCCGUUAUGUUAUUGAUAUCUUGGAUUUUAAUCAUCAAACUUUUCUUGAGAUGUUGAGAUUCUUAUAUACAGAUCAAGUGUCUUUUAACAAACGAAAGGAUUCGCAUCAAACAGCAUUUGAUCUAUUUUCUAUAGCUGACAAAUACAUAAUCCCCGAUCUACGUGAAAGAGCAAAAGUAAAAAUAUUCCACGAAUUAAAUCCCAACAACGCCGCCGAGAUCUUGUUUCAAUCUGCAUGGAAAUGGCCCGACGUCAAAGAAGUCGUAUUCAAAUUUGUCGUCGACAAUUUCGGCAGAGUUCGUAAAACGACUGGCUAUCGCAAUGUCUCGAUGAAUCCGCGUACAUAUCCGAUGAGUAGCGAGAUUUUAGUGGAGUUGUUAAGUUGUUUGGUCCCGGACGAUCAAGCUGAAGGUGGGGAAACUGUGCCGCGGACACUUAAUUUAACUAGUGAGUGA